GUGCUCAGAUUUUCAGUAGGUUUUGCUGGGUUUUGUUUGUUUUACUUAUUUGCUUUUCUAAAAAAUGGUGCCUGGCUGUUUCAGCUUCCCAAUCUGUUGUUCUAUGGCCCACCUGGAACUGGAAAGACUUCCACGAUUUUAGCAGCUGCCAGAGAACUGUUUGGGCCUGAAUUAUUCCGGCAAAGAGUCCUUGAGUUAAAUGCUUCUGAUGAGCGUGGAAUUCAAGUGAUUCGGGAGAAAGUGAAAGCUUUUGCUCAGCUCACUGCAUCUGGAAGCCGUUCAGAUGGUAAAAUGUGUCCUCCUUUUAAAAUUGUGAUCCUGGAUGAAGCAGACUCGAUGACUUCAGCAGCACAGGCAGCUUUAAGACGCACCAUGGAAAAGGAAUCGAAAACAACACGUUUCUGCCUUAUUUGUAACUACAUCAGCAGAAUAAUUGAACCUUUAACAUCUCGAUGCUCCAAAUUCCGCUUCAAGCCUCUGUCGGACAGUGUCCAACAGCAGCGGCUGCUGGAGGUUUCUGAGAAGGAGCACGUGAAAAUCAGUAAUGAGGCAGUGUCGUACCUUGUGAAAGUGUCAGAAGGGGAUUUAAGAAAAGCAAUUACUUUCCUUCAAAGUGCCACUCGCCUAAUGGGUGGGAAGGAGAUCACAGAGAAGAUAGUCACUGAAAUUGCUGGGGUCAUCCCUAAAGAGACAAUUGAUGAACUGCUGUUGGGGUGCCAGAGUGGUUCCUUUGAGAAACUGGAAACACUGGCAAAGAAUCUCAUCAAUGAGGGGUUUGCUGUUGCUCAGCUUGUAAACCAGCUGCACGACACGGUGGUGGAGAGUGAAGAUCUCAGUGACAAGCAGAAAUCUGUCAUAGUGGAAAAACUUGCGGAAGUGGACAAAUGCCUGGCAGAUGGUGCUGAUGAAUUCUUGCAGCUGAUGAGUCUCUGUGCCCUUGUGAUGCAGCAGCUCACACAGAACACCUGACUCCUCCAGCGGCCCUUUGUUCCAGGGUUGGCUGUGGCUCUGAGGCCAGGGACCCAUGAACUUUUGUACUGGUUUUUUGCAAUAAAAGGACUGCUCAGCAGUUGGAAAAGCUCA